AUGGUAGGGCAAAUGGAUUGCAAAUGGUACGAAAUGGAAAUCACCACAGCUUUAUGGAAGUUGGUACCGCUGUUGCAGUUGAUGCGUGCGGGACGUGGUGUGAAACGUGUCUUUUCGAUGCAGAACAGAAAAUUUGUAUUCCACGAGUGCAAAGAUUCAGAGAGAUUUGGGGAGAAAAGCUACACCAACAAGGAACCCGUACAAGUGACUACUGUUAUGGGACAGUGA